UAGCGGGUUUUCAAAUGAAACAUGUUUAUAAGAAGAUGAUAGUGAAACUGAACUUGGAAUUCGCAACAAAAAUGGCGGCACAGGCACAAAGCUUGAAGGUUUAUCCCUCUUCCACGAGACUUCAGUUUUCCUUUCCGCAUUCAAAGUUCAAUCAACCACGUUUCUUAUCGUUCUCACUUCGAAGUCCUCGCCUCCAACCUAUUAUCUGUAGCGCUUCCAAUGUCAAACCAAAGAAGCAUUCUUCUUCCUCAUCCACCGAAAACAAAAACCUAAACAACAACCACAAAAAGAAGAAGAAUAACAACAAGAGUGGUGUGGAAGCUAGUGAUUCCAAUUCCGCUUCCGCUUCCGCUUCUUCUCUGCGUCACAUUCCUACGCAACUCCCCAGUCCACCGGCUGGUUUCGUUGUAGACGAUACCGGCAAGCUUCUCAUGGCUUCCAAUGACCGACUUGCCACACUUGUUGAUCCUGCAAACAAUCUACCUUUGGAGUGUGUGAUAAGGAGAGUCUUCACCAGUUCUGAAGGAGAUGAAUGUGUGUUGCUAUGCCCACUUGACAUGCCUGUCCAUGUAUUACAGAGCACGGGCGAUGGAUGGUCAGAAGUCAGUUAUGAAGAGCUUGAACCUCUUCUGCCUGCUGCUGCCUUUGCACUUGCCAAGUUACACAUUCAUCUGGUUUAUAGUGGAUACUGUUAUACAGCUCGUGGUGGUUUUUUUUACUCGGAAGAAGACAUAUUUGAGUUUCAUGCAGAGGGUCAAGGCGGUGGCUUGGCAACUGAGAGUAUAAAAAUCACACACUUCAAUCAGGAAGGAGCACACUACAUGAUAUAUACACCAUCUGACCCUCUUGUUUUUGUUGCUGCAAAGGAUCAAAAUGGAGUGCUACAAAUUGCUGAUGAGGAACUGCUUGAGGAUCCGGCUGUCAUUAGCGCCAGAGAUGAAGAGACAGAGUUUAAUGCCUUGGUGGUGGAGGAAGAAGCUGCACUCCUUGACUCACUGUUGGAUUAAAGAUGACCACAUAUACUCAUUGCAAUAGAGCUGUCUUAUCCCACUGUCUCGCUGCAAAAUUUUGUGGGUCAAACAUCUUUUUUUGUGUACAUGAUCAGUUCUGUAUGUAUAUUUUAGGAAGGACUAUGGAUUGAGGACUGCAACAAUUUUAAUAAGGCUCUUUGUUUCAGUGAGUGUUGACAGGAUAAGACACAUCAUUAUUAUGUGUUUGUGAUCGCUAGGUGCAUGCCUGCAUAUGGGCCAGUCAGAUGUACUUCCUCUAGGAGUAAGUUAUCUCAAUUUUUACUGUAUUGUAUCUGUUAGAUGUUGUGUAGUGAGCUUUGAUAUUUGGGUUAAGGGAAUUAUAGUCUAUUUAUGCCUUUCUAUAUAUUGUAUUGUAAACCUUUCAUUAUUUUAAUAGAAACCCUAACCACUUCCUUUUCAA